CCUCUCCCCACACACGAACAAGCUGAAGAAAAAGCUACAACCUAAGUGCAAAUUAGAAGAAAAGGGCAUUGCAUUCUGCUCUUGUAUCUUUAGAAUCACGGCAGUCAGGCAACAAUCAUCACUGAAUAUCUGAGGAAAGAAUGUGGCUUUAAACACUGAUGCUCUAGUGGCCCAAGCUUUUGACUCACAGACAAGCGAACAGUAUAUAAGAUUUCAUUUAUCUGUUGUAAUCUACUAAUUGGAUGAUAAUAGGGAACUCACACGUACUUCCUUCCAAGGUAUCCGACACAUCAAUAAAACCCUGCCAAAGAUUGGUGCGAAUUCCCAUAAGGCAUUUUUAUUCUUUGCUGUGUUACCUGGCUGCUGCCUGGUCAAGCGUUACACCGAUUAAAUAAUACUUUUGAGCCCAGCCUACACAACUCGUCCCCGACAAACCUAAGUCCAAAGAGUCUUCGUCACCGUCACCGACUAAUAAUUGUCGUCAUUUAAUAAUUCCCAAGAUGGCACAAAACGACAUGAUCAUAAAGGGAACUACCCAAGUCCUAACGGGUCUUGGUAUUUUGCUUGGUGCUGGCCAUAUAUCCAGUACCACACACGAGAAGAUCCUCGCCCUUCUCAGCGGGGACCAAAGCUCCACCGUUGAGAUCAAGAUGCAGGCCAUCAAGGAGGGCCAGAAUGCUAUGCCUCGUCCAGGAAAGGAGACGCCUGUCUCAAUACAAUCCCACGACCUGCUGGGACUCGGAGGCGAACUCGCCGACCUCGCCAUUGCGGAUAAUUCGCCCGCCCUUUCAACUCCCACCGCCCCCGCUCGCUCCAUGACCAGCAGCACCGCCGCGCCAAAGUCCGGCCCUAACGUAAAGAUAAUCUGCCCGUGGUGGUUAACGGAAGGGUACAGCUGCCGCGAAAAGAAGUGCGGGAUGUACCACGAAGAUAUCCCGGGCGCAUUAAUACAGCCUCUAAUAUGCCAUUUCUGGGCGGAUGGCGGCCGUUGUUCGAAAACAGAGGCCAACUGUCGCUUUGCCCAUUACCAGGCCCGGCACCACCUUGUCGCUCCUACACCCAAGAAAAAGGGGAAAAAGAAUCGGGUUGUUACCGCUAAUGAAGACAAUGUAAACGAGUGGUACAAUGCUUCGAGCGCUGUCACGCCAGUCGACACGAGUCACGAUGGGUACUGGCGUGGUCGAGCCCGCUCUCCUGCUCCUGAGGAAUGGCAGUGAUUAAGACGCAUAAGUCUUACCUCUGAUAUGUGGGAGAGCGCGUUCGACCUAGGUUCUCAGGCUAUAUUGGGUGUCAAUUCUUGAAAGCAACGAUAAUAAGGGGUCGCUAUUUAAUUGUGACCAUCAUAUACUAAAUGCUAAAGAUAUUCCAUAACUGGCUUGUGACCCUGGCCAUCUUAUGGGGUGUCCUAAAACAACAGGCGCUCACAAAUGAUGAAACCGAGAAACUGGUGAAAAAUUGUUGCUGAGCAUACACAAGCAUAACAGGUCACAACUUCUAUCCUCCGCAUUGGAGAGUAACAUACCCCUUAAUGUGUCACCUCAUUAAUAUGAUAAGUCUAAAAGAACCUCCAUCUUGUCAUUGACUUGGCUUUGUUUGAAGUACCUUUCGCACGAAUAACUAGAAUCAUUAGUUAGUCGAGCUAGUCGUCAGCGAUACGAUUGAUUACUUUACCUCCAGAACGCAGUACCGAUAGGCAUGUAGUGGCAAC